GUGCAUUUCAUUUCGAUUAGUAAAGUCUGGUCUUAAAGCGGAAGUGGAGCGGGUGUGAGAAUCGUCCAACAUGGUGGUCACAAGAAGAGGAGUUCGCGUGAGCUCCCCAAGUAAAUCUGACUCUGAUGCCACCUCUGCUGCUCAGGCCACACCAUCCACCGGCCGAAGAACCAGAAGAACUGCGAACCUCCCUGAGAGCCCCACUCAGACAACUGUAGAAGAAGCAAGCGCUCAGCUCGAGAAACUAGCACAGAACACCACUGCCCAAAACUCUGCCAGGAAAAGAUGUACCAGGGCAUCAAGACUGCACAGCCCGGACAAGCCCUGUACCCCAGUGGGCUCUGUGCACGAGGGGGAGAUUUCAGAUAUGGAUUCCUGUUGCUCCGCUUUGUCCGACACCGAAGCACCAGUGUCCCGUAAAAGCGUGAGAAGACAACUACGUGGCGUGACUAAAGAAGAAGAUGCGUCCGAAGUUGAGUCCUGCUCCUCUGUUGUGUCUGCGGCAAAAGUUCGGAGGAGCACCAGGAAAAAGCCAAUCCCAGAAGCUGUGGAUUCUCCCAGUAAGGUGAAAGGUGAUAAAACAAAGCCAGAGCCAUGUACCCCUGUAGUGUCUCAGAGAAGUAAACGUACAAGAACAGCGAAUAGACAGACUACGGAAGAGUCUGAGAUGUCCGAUGCUGACAGCAUUACUGGGGAUGUGGCCACACGCAGGUCUACACGCUCCAGAAGAAAACCUGAUACUCAGCUUAAUCUGGAUAAGAAUUUGGAAAGCGGUCAAACUCCUGCUCCAACAAUUCGAAGAACAAGGGCAACACGAGCCAGACCUGAAUCUGCAUCUGAGCCAAUGUCAUGUGACUCGGAAGGUUUUGAAUCCGGACCGACCUACAGCAGAGCAACACGUGGACGGAGGAAGAGCAUACCCUUAUUGAUAGAUUCAGACUCAGACCUCACAGAUGUUGGUAGAGCAGAGACUCCGAGUAGUAGCAGGACUGGUUCAGGCAGCAGCAAUCAACGAGAAUCAGCUUUAGCAAAGUCACCUAAAAAACUUAGUGUAGUGUUAGAAAAAACUGUUAUCCCACCGGAUGAAGAGGAUUCAAUGAAUGAUUCCAGGUUAGAAAGCACAGUAAUAGAGAAAGAUGCGGAGUGUACAUUGAUAGAAGAAGAAGAUGCAAAUCAGGCAGAUGAAACUCCUCUACAAAAAUCUACAGCAGAAGAAAGCAGCAUUAAUUCUCAUACUGAACCAAUCCCAGCAGCUGAUAAACCUGCAGAAAUGACAGGGGACCAGGAUAAGCCUGCAGUAACAAGAGAAGACCACCAGGAGGAGCUGCCUACUGAAAGUAUAGUUGAUAAAGCUUCAAAGAUGGAAAUUAUACAGGAAACAGAUGAGACACAAGAGCCAUCAAAGCCUGUUCAGUCAGCAUCUAUAACUACAGCAUGUGAUUCUCAAACUACAGAUGUCGAGGAUGAAGAUAUGGAAGUGGCUGAUACAAAUAGAGAUAUUUCAGGCAAUGACAAACAAGAAGAUGGCAACAAAGAUGUGAAAAUGCCAGAAGGGGAUGCAGUGGAGUCAAGUUCAGUGAACAGAGAAGAGUCUGUGCGUCAAAUAGAAGAAGAGCAAGCAGAGCCCAUUCAAGGCACGUCCAGUCAACAGCACCAAACCCCAGAAGAGCAGUUCUCAAAGCAGCCACCUCAGGGCGCUGUAGUCCAAAGUACAAGUGCCAUCACCCUUUUAGACAGCAGUGAGGAUGAAGAUGAUGACGAUGACUUUGCAGAUGAAAUUAGGGAGAGUUCUGGUGAUGAAGAGGAGGGUUUGGAAAAUAAUGAAAAAUACCAUCCCAGGAAGACUGAAGUUACUAAAGCAGUUGAUGGACUUUUUAUGAUUGACACAAGGCCUGGGCAAGAAGCAGAUGAGCAGUACUACAAAGAGAGGUUAGGGGAGGAGGACCAGACUGCACAGGAGGUGGAUGAGGAAGAGGAGGAUGAGUUUGUGGAUGAAGAGGGAGAUGAUGACUACGAUGACGCAGCAGAUGUUCUCUUCUCCAGCAGGGGCCCACAAGUCAAAGCGUUGUCCAGCCGUAUUGACCCAGGCAUCAGGAUGAAGGAGCUUGGGGGUUUAUACAUCAGUUUUGAUGGCAGUAAAUCAAAACCUGUCUCCAGCUCACAACAAAAACCAAAGGAAAAGAAGAUCCAAGAUGAGGUGAUGAAGAAGAGCGUGAUUGGGCCUGACUUUGAAAAGAAAGACACCGUGCCUCCUUACAAAGAAUCCAAACAAGCCCUUAAACUCAAACGCAGAGCUGAGAGGGUGAAAACCACAGGAGACGCCUGGUUCAAUAUGAAGGCCCCGGAAAUCACACAAGAGCUGAAGGGAGACCUGCAGCUGCUGAGGAUGAGGGGCUCAAUGGACCCAAAACAAUUCUACAAAAAGAACGAUAGAGAUGGUUUCCCCAAAUACUUUCAGAUGGGUACUGUUGUGGACAACCCAGUGGACUUUUAUCAUUCCCGAAUUUCCAAGAAGGACAGAAAGAGGACCAUGGUGGAGGAACUGCUGGCAGAUGCUGAAUUCAGACAAAAAAACAAAAAGAAGUUCCAGGUGAUCAUGGCGGAGAAGGCGGCACGGGCAGCCGGCAGGAGGCACAAAAUGAAAAGCAAAUUCCAUAAAAAGUAAAUCUGUGGACUUGGCUUAGAGAUGCGUAACUUGAAAAGAAGCGUUUUGUGGAUCCUAAAUAACUGUGGGUUGUUGGAAAACAUCAGAUUGCUUUGUACAUUAUGUGUAAUACACUAUAAAUGAACAAGCUCAUGGGAUGUAAAGGACUGACAUGAACUCUAUUUCAGAAGAAAAGUGUAUUCAAUUAGUACUUUAUAAAACAACAUAAGCAAUAUAAAAUAUUAGUUUGACCACUAAAAUAUAGUUUUUAUCAAACAAUAAUUUAUUUGUUUUACAAAAUCAUUCAAAAUACCAAAUGAGUGUUUGAGACGGUGUCACAAUAUCGCCCAAUACAUAAUGAAGACAUUGCCGUGAAACAUUGUGAAAUUAAAUAAUGAGCCUUAAUUCAAGAUAAA